CAUCGGUUUUCAGUUCUUUCGCGAUCGUCUCGGUGUUCACACACACCCGAAUCAAACUCUCCGUCGUCGAAAAACGACUUUUAGUGUUGUUGUUUUCUUUCUGUGUAUCUCUCAUCCAGCUGAUAGACAAACAGCCCAGGGGUCACCAACGUUCGGCAACCGGCAGCGUUGGAGGUCUUUCAAGGCCAGCAGACUGAAAAUUUUCGGUUAAGAUUGGGUAGUUCCCUGGAAUUACGUGAUCACGAGCGUUGAUAAUUACUUUCACCUGAAACCGAGAGUGACAUAAUCGAGCGCAGAUAAGCUGGUUCAUAUUCGAGGAAUAAUUCCCGUUCAGGAUGAGAACCGCUCGAUCGAUCUGCUUAGGAGUAAUUUUGUUAAUUACUUUUUCCGCACUAACAGAUGCUCAAUGGUUCGGCAGUAGUAAAAAAAAGAAGGAAGAAGAUCCGAACGUUUCAUUGCUCUCCUAUGCGCCUAUCGAUCCGGAUGCAGUCCCACCGCAGCCAGAUGUCACAUCGACAACGACCAGUACCACGACGCCGGCACCCACAACGACCAAGAAGAAGGGAUUUUUCGGAGGUCUUUUCGGAGGAGGUAGCAAGAAAGACAAGGAAGCAACCACGACGUCUACGACAACCACCACAACAACCACUCCAAAACCAACGGCCACGACAAAGAAAUCUGGUGGAUUCUUCGGUGGUCUUUUCGGAGGCGGAAAGAAAGAUAAGACAACCACAACCGUUGCUCCCAGUACUACAAAAGCGAUUCCCACCACAACGGCGAAAUCCGCAGCAGUGACACCAACCGUCAAAGCUGCUGUUCCGAGCACUGCGGCAACCCCAACUACGAGCACCGUGAAAUCUGCCAAAGAUGUUCCCAUCCCAUCGGUACCAACGACAGCAGCUUCCGCUCCCAAACCUCCACCAAUUCCACCCAAACCUGUUUCAUCUACCCCCAAAACAAUUGACGCCUUCCCACCUUUGCCACCAAAAUCUGGAAGUCCCACACCUGCUUCCGUGCCGACCUCAACCGUAGCCAGCGCUUGGAACAAACCUCUGCCAACACAACCGCCAGCUUCUCCGGAGGUCGGUAAACCAGGUGUAAGCUUCGUCCCCACCCAACCUCCGGCACCGGGAGCCACCACUAAGACAACCCCAAGAUACAGUGAAGGACCAACGGCAACCGACGAGGAAUUAGCCACACUCUCUGAGCAACUUUUCUCCAAGGACACAUCUCAACUAAACAAAUACGUCCGACCUAACUAUCAACGACAAACGCUGUCAUCAUCCUCUCUAGAUGAAGCUCCCGAGCCUUUCCUGUCCGUCGAUGAACGCCAAGUUUACGCCGUACCAACGGUUGAGAAAAUGCGAGCCCUGUUCAACAACUACGAGGUAGACACGAUGGUCAACGAAUACGUGACUCCGAUGGAGAAAAAGGAGGAAAACGACUUCGUAGAUGCACUGCUGGCGACCAACGUGAUGCGAACCGCAAUGCUGUUCUUGCAGAAGAAGGGUGUCGUGACGGCUGAUCCAAAAACGCACCACGAGCUGCUCAAGACUAUCUGGUUCCAGCUGUACUCGCGAGGUAACGGCAAGAUUGGUAGCUCCGGUUUCGAGCACGUUUUCCUAAAUGAAGUCAGCAACGGGACCAUGAUCGGUUUGCACAACUGGGUGUAUCUGUAUGAGCAGGAGAAGACGGGAACCUUAGACUAUCAAGGUUACAUUAAGAAACUGGACCUAGGAAACAAAGGAGAAAUUGCCAAGAUCCGACUAACCUACAACAAACUAUCAAAACCGUCCAACUCGCUGUUCGUUGCCACUUCCCCCGAGCUGGAGAUUGCACUCUACACGGUGUGCUUCCAGAUGCGACCGGACACCGAGUGCCCGCUGGCUGUCAAUGGUAAAAAGUUCACCAUCAAGACCUUCACCUUCCGCUAUCGGGGCAAGAAUCUGAUCGGUGGUGCUUGGCCAAACUUCUAGACCAUCGUUGCGAAGCAACGAAUAACAGACAUUAACGUAUCAAGAGCGGGAACCUAACCUCUCUCUUUUUUUUUUUUUUUUGAUUUGUUAUACUCAAAUAGUUUUACGCACUUUUGUACUACUCGUGUAUAUUAAUUGAUUAGAAAUAUAAGCAUUUAUUACGACGA